AUGGACUUUUUCCUGGCAAACUUAAGUUAUGAACAUCCUUCAGGAAGAGAAGCAGUGCUUGAAAUGCUCCAUGACAUUCUUACCAGAUUUCCCCAGAGGAUUAUUGAUGACCAGGGUCAAACUUUUUUUCAUCAUCUUGUAGUUGCUCUAGCGGAUGAACAGCAUCAGAAUGUGUCUUCAAUGAUCCUUAGAGCUAUCCAAAAGCUGUUAGGACGCAUUGGUGAUCAGGGAAAGAGUUACAUUUUUGAGUAUUCCCUUUCGUGGUACACUGGUGAAAAGAAAAGUUUGUGGAGUGCUUCAGCCCAGGUUAUUGGUUUACUUGUUGGCGAUCACAUCACAUUACGAACGGGCAAGCACCUUAAAAGUAUUCUGGCAGUUGUUAAGAAAAUAAUGGAAUCAUCUGUCAUUGCUUCUGGAGCUAUACAAUUAGGCUUAUCUGAUGAAGCUGUCCUUCCAUUGUGGAAAGCGCUCCUUGCCUUUGUGACUGAAAAUAGCUGGGAAACUUUCCGCAAGGGCCUCAUCCAAAUGCCAAACAUCAUUCCAGAAAGAUGUUGCAGAGACAUCUCUGAUGACGACAGUGAUGAAGUGAAGCAACUGGCCCAGGGGGUCCAGAACAAGUUACGUGACCUGAUUGGUUCCGAGAAAUUUGUUGAAGUCUACAAGAGUGUUUGGAUGGGCCUGAAACAGAAGCGGGACAGUAGAAAGCAGGCACAGAAGAUUGUUGCAGCCGUGGACCCAGAACGGCAUGCCAAGCCCAAGCGGCGUAUGGUAGCCAAGCACCAGGAACACAAGAGGCGGAAGAUAAUGGCAAUGAAGAUUGGCAGGUGGAUGAGGUAG